AUGCCGAAAUCCCUUGCUGUUGGCCAGGUCCCUCUCCCCGCUCGGGACACGGUUGACCUGGUGGACAGAAGUCCAAGAAUUGCAGGGACCUCCACUUCUGGCCCAGGCUUGGAGGAGGGGGAUAUGGAAGCUCAGCUGAAGGAUACUGGCCAACUGAAAGAGUUCAGUAUGGCCAGCGGGCUGCACCAGGUGGUCAUCAGCUUCUUCAAGGCCUGUGGGCUCGUAGCUAGCCUCUACUUCUUCAUCUGUUCCCUGGAUAUCCUCAGCUCUGCUUUCCAGCUUCUGGGCAGCAAAAUGGCUGGAGACAUCUUCAAGGACAACGUGGUACUGUCCAACCCUGUGGCUGGACUGGUCAUUGGUGUGCUGGUCACAGUCCUUGUGCAGAGCUCCAGCACAUCCUCUUCCAUUGUGGUCAGCAUGGUGGCCUCUAAAUUGCUGACUGUCCAGGCAUCUGUGCCCAUCAUCAUGGGAGUUAACGUGGGCACGUCCGUCACCAGCACUCUUGUCUCAAUGGCGCAGUCUGGGGACCGGGAUGAGUUUCGGAGGGCCUUCAGCGGCUCAGCAGUGCAUGGCAUCUUCAACUGGCUCACAGUGCUGGUCUUACUGCCGCUGGAGAGUGCCACAGCCAUGCUGGAGAGGCUGAGUGAGCUGACCCUGAGCGCUGCCAGUCUUCAGCCUGGGCAGCAGGCCCCCAACAUCCUCAAGGCACUGACACAGCCUUUCACACACCUCAUAGUGCAGCUGGAUAGCAAUGUGAUUACCGGCAGUGCUACUGGCAACACUACCGACAGCAGCCUCAUUAAGCAAUGGUGUGACAGCAAGGGGGAGACGGUCAUGGGGAAUAGCAGUGAAUGUGGAGCUUUUGGUCAUUGCACUGAGAGGAACAUUACAGCCCUCCUGGAGGAUAAGCUGCCCUGCCACCACCUGUUUGUGGGCUCAGUGCUCACGGACCUGGCUGUGGGCUGCAUCCUGCUGGCAGGCUCCCUGCUGGUGCUCUGUGUCUGCCUGGUCCUUAUUGUCAAGUUGCUUAAUUCUGUGCUGCGUGGCCGCAUCGCACAGGCCGUGAGGACUGUCAUCAAUGCAGACUUCCCUUUUCCCUUUGCUUGGCUCAGCGGCUACCUGGCCAUCCUUGUGGGCGCCGGCCUGACCUUUCUGCUCCAGAGCAGCAGUGUCUUCACAGCAGCCAUCGUGCCACUCAUGGGAGUCGGGGUGAUCAGCCUGGACCGGGCAUACCCCCUCUUCCUGGGCUCCAACAUUGGCACCACCACCACAGCUCUGCUGGCCGCCCUGGCCAGCCCUGCUGACAUGCUGCUCUUCGCUGUUCAGGUUGCCCUCAUCCACUUCUUCUUCAACCUGGCUGGCAUACUCCUUUGGUACAUGGUGCCUGUCCUGCGGCUGCCCAUCUCACUGGCCAAGAGCUUUGGGAACCUGACAGCCAGAUAUCGCUGGGUGGCCAUUGUCUAUCUGCUGCUCACCUUCCUGCUGCUGCCCCUUGCGGUCUUUGGGCUCUCCCUAGCAGGGACCACCGUGCUGGCCGCGGCAGGGGGUCCCCUGGUGGGGCUGGUGUUCCUCAUUAUCCUGGUUAAUGUCCUGCAGCAGCGCCAGCCUUCCUGGCUGCCCCGCUGUCUGCGGGCCUGGGCCUGGCUGCCCCUCUGGCUCCAUUCUCUGGAGCCCUGGGACCGCCUGGUGACCCACUGUUGCCCUGGUAGGGUCUGUAGCCCCCAUAAGACCCACGCCAAAGAGGCUCACUGCUACAAUAACCCUGAGGUCCUGGCCUCCCAGUUGUUGCUGCAGGGAGCAGCUUGCUUCUCUCCGCGGCCACUAGAGACAGCCGGUCUGCAGGAGGAGGCAGAAGAGCUGGCCCGGGAGGCUGGACAGGGCGGUGCCCUUUUUCUGCAGCUGCAGGAGGUGGGCCGAGCGAGCAAGGCGACCGGCCUUCCCCCGCCCCGCCUCCGGGGACCCCCGCCGACCAAGGGAGCCCCGCGACGUCAGAUCGGCGGGGCUUUGACACCCCUCCCCCAGGGCAAGCAGCUGGCUGUCCCCCAGGCGUCCCUUCCCGCCGAGGGUGGGGAGUCCAGGGCGGUGCGCGGGAGGGCAGGGCCCGGGUGA